AUGGAGCUCCUCCCGCAGCCCCUGCGGCCCUCCCUGCUGCUGCUGCUGCUGCUGCUGCUGCCGCCGCGGGGGGUGCCCACGGCUGGCAGGUCCUGGCAGUGCCCGCGCAUCCCCUACGCCGCCUCCCGCGACUUUGACAUGGAGUACGUGGUGCCCAGCUUCUCGCCGGGCGGGCCGGUACAGGCCCUGGCGACCUUUGAGGGCGGCGAGGAUGGAAGUGCCGUGUUCGUAGCCACGCGCAAUCGCCUGUACAUGCUUGGGCCAGACUUGCAAUUCCUCGAGAGCCUGGUCACAGGCCCCGCUGGGGACCCCGGCUGCCAGACAUGUGCGGCCUGUGGCCCGGGCCCCCACGGCCCGCCAGGUGACACAGACGCCAAGGUGCUGGUGCUGGACCCGGGACUGCCGGCCCUGAUCAGCUGCGGCUCCAGUCUGCGCGGCCGCUGCUUCCUACAUGAGCUCGAGCCUGGCGGAUCCUCCCCGCGCCUGGCACCGCCAUCCUGUCUCUUCUCUGCCCACCACAACCGGCCCGAAGACUGCCCCGACUGUGUGGCCAGCCCUCUGGGCACCCUCGUGACCGUGGUUGAGCAGGGCCGCGCCGCGUACCUCUAUGUGGCGUCUUCGCUGGACGCGGAGGUAGCCGCGAGCUUCAGCCCACGCUCAGUGUCUAUCCGGCGCCUCAAGGCCGACGCAUCAGGAUUCGCACCGGCCUUCAAGGCACUGUCGGUGCUGCCCGCGCACCUCGCGUCCUACCGCAUCGAAUACGUGUACAGCUUCCACGCGGGGGACUUCGUCUACUUUCUGACUGUGCAGCCAGCCAGCCUGGCUGCCGCCCCUGGCGCCUUACACACGCGCGUGGCCCGGCUCAGUGCGAUUGACACUGAUGUGGGCAACUACCGCGAGCUGGUCCUCGACUGCCAUUUCGAACCCAAGCGUCGGCGACGCGGGGCGUCGGUGGUCGGGCAGCCAUACCCGGUGCUGCGGGCAGCCCACACCGCUCCCGUAGGCAGCCAGCUGGCCGCCGAGCUGAGCAUAGCGGAGGGCGAGGAAGUGCUCUUCGGGGUCUUUGGGGCCAGCAGAGACAGUAGCCUCGGUGGGGGCCCCAACUCGGUCGUCUGUGCCUUCCCCAUCGAUCUGAUGGACAAGCUCAUAGAGGAGGGCGAGGAGCGCUGCUGUAAGCCACCCGCCCGCCCGGGCCUCCGGAGAAACCUCGACUUCUUCCAGGCCCCCAGUUUGUGCCCCAACCCGCCUGGCCUGGUGUCUCUCAGCCCCAACACCAGCUGCUACCACUUCCCUCUGCUGGUCAGCAGCAGCCUCUUACGUGUGGACCUGUUCAACGGGCUGUUAGGGCCAGUGCAGGUCACCGCACUGCACGUGACGCGCCUUGACAAUGUCACAGUGGCCCACAUGGGCACAACUGACGGGCGCAUCCUUCAGGUGGAGCUGGCCAGGUCUCUCAACUACCUGCUGUAUGUGUCCAACUUCUCAUUGGGCAACAGUAAGCAGCCUGUGCAACGAGAUGUCAGUCGUCUUGGAAACCACCUGUUCUUUGCUUCUGGGGACAAGGUCUUCCAGGUACCCGUCCGCGGCCCCGGCUGCCGCCACUUCCUCACCUGUGGGCGUUGUCUGCGGGCGCAGCGAUUCAUGGGCUGUGGCUGGUGUGGGGGCAUCUGUGGCCGGCAGAAGGAGUGUCCUGGCUCCUGGCAACAGGACCAUUGCCCCCCUGAGCUUGCUGAGUUCUAUCCCCACAGUGGGCCCCUGAGGGGCAGCACGAGGCUGACCUUGUGUGGCUCCAACUUCUAUCUGCACCCUGCUGGGCUGGUGCCUGAGGGCACCCAUCAGGUCACCGUUGGUCAAAGUCCCUGCCGACUGCUGCCCAAGGACAGCUCAAACUUGAGCCCGAAGUCCCAGAAGGGGUUUAUAGAAGAGCUGGAGUGUGAGCUGGAGCCCUUGGAUGCACAGGCAGCCGGGCCUGCCAACAUUAGCCUCACUGUGACCAACAUGCCACCGGGCAAGCACUUCCGCGUAGACGGCACCUCCACGCUGCAAGGCUUCUCUUUCAUGGAGCCAGUGCUAGAAGAAGUGCAACCCCUCUUUGGCCCACGGGCAGGGGGCACCCGCCUCACCCUUAAGGGCCGGGGCCUGUCCAUAGGCACCAGCCGGACGGUGUUGGUCAACGGGACUGAGUGUCUUCUGGAAUGGGUCAGCGAGACGCAGCUUUUAUGUACCACGCCUCCCAGUGCUGCUUUGGCCAGAGUUCCCAUCCACCUGCAGGUGGGGGGCGCCGCGGUGCCUGGCUCCUGGACCUUCGACUACCGGGAAGACCCCAUUGUGCUGGGUGUCAGCCCCAACUGUGGCUACACCGGCUCCCGCGUCACCAUCCGUGGCCAGCACCUGACUUCAGUGUGGCACCUAGUGCUGUCGUUCCAUGAUGGGCUUAAGGCAGUGGAGAGCAGGUGUGAGGGGCAGCUGCCGGAGAAGCAUCGGUGCCGCCUGCCCGAAUACGUGGUCCAAGGCCCCCAGGGGUGGGUGACAGGGAACCUGAGUGCCUGGGGGGAUGGAGCUGCUGGCUUCACACUGCCUGGCUUUCGCUUCCUGCCCCCACCCCAUCCACCCAGCACCAACCUGGCCCCACUGAAGCCUGAGGAGCAGGCUGUUAAGUUCGAGUACAUUGGGCUAGGAGCUGUGGCGGAUUGUGUGGAUGUGAACGUGACCGUGGGCGGCAAGAGCUGCCAGCAUGAGCUCCGAGGGGACGUGGUCAUUUGUCCCCUGUCCCGCUCCCUGCAACUGGGCAAGGACGGCACCCCACUGCAGGUCUGCGUGGAUGGCGAAUGUCACAUCCUGGGCAGAGUGGUGCGGCCGGGCUCGGAGGGUGUCCCACAGAGAACGGUCCUUGGUGUCCUGCUGGCCCUGGUCCUGCUUGUGGUUGUGUUGGCCACUGCGCUUGUCUUCAACUACCGGCAGAGGAAGCAGCUAGUCCUCUCUUCAAACCUGCAUGACCCGGCAUCCUUGGACCAAACCACCAGAGCCACGCCUCUGCCUCUGCUCCAGUCUGGCUCCUGUUGCAGAUACGGUCCUGCAGCUCCUGCCCUGGGGCAUCUGGAUUCCACCACUCCAGUGCACAGAGAGUCCUUCUCAGACAGCGGGGAUGGGUCCCAUGUCCCACUGCUUCGGACAAAGUCCAUCCAGCUUGGGGACCUGGACUCUGCACUCCUGGCCGAGGUCAAGGAUGUGCUGAUUCCCCAUGAGCGGGUGGUCACCCACAGUGACCGAGUCAUUGGCAAAGGUCACUUUGGGGUCGUCUACCACGGAGAAUACACAGACGAGGCCCAAAAUCAAAUUCACUGCGCUGUCAAGUCACUGAGUCGCAUCACAGAGGUGCAGGAGGUGGAGGCCUUCCUGCGCGAGGGGCUGCUCAUGCGCGGUCUGCACCACCCAAACGUGCUGGCCCUCAUCGGGAUCGUGCUGCCGCCCGAAGGGCUGCCCAGUGUGCUGCUGCCCUAUAUGCGCCACGGAGACCUGCUCCAGUUCAUCCGCUCACCCCAGCGGAACCCCACCGUGAAGGACCUCAUCAGCUUCGGCCUGCAAGUAGCCCGCGGCAUGGAGUACCUGGCGGAGCAGAAGUUUGUGCACAGGGACCUGGCUGCUCGGAACUGCAUGCUGGACGAGUCAUUCACAGUCAAGGUGGCUGACUUCGGCCUGGCCCGAGGCGUCCUGGACAAGGAAUACUACAGUGUUCAACAGCACCGCCACGCUCGCCUCCCUGUCAAAUGGAUGGCGCUGGAGAGCCUGCAGACCUACAGGUUCACCAGCAAGUCCGAUGUGUGGUCAUUUGGUGUGCUGCUGUGGGAGCUGCUGACACGGGGGGCCCCACCAUACCCUCACGUCGACCCUUUUGACCUCACUCACUUCCUGGGCCAGGGCCGCCGCCUGCCCCAGCCUGAGUAUUGCCCCGAUUCCCUGUACGCAGUGAUGCUGCGCUGCUGGGCGGCGGACCCUGCAGCGCGCCCCACCUUUGGAACGCUGGUGAGAGAAGUCGAGCAGGUGGCGCUGGCUCUGUGUGGGGACCACUAUGUGCAGCUGUCCGUGGCCUAUGUGAACCUGAGCCUUGACGCCUCCAAGGAGGCAAACGUGCCCCCAGAACAGCCACUGUCCCCGUCUGUGCACAGGAGUCCUGGGCGGCCUCGGCCCCUCUCAGAGCCACCAAGGCCCACGUGA